AGCGUCACUGACUCAGACAGACACGGAGGAGGUUCUUCGCACAGAAAUGAAACUGUCGAAACCAGGAAAUGAAAGUGUACGAGGUGAAGUGCAGCCUGUUCAGAGCGGAGAAAGACGCUUCACUGCAGAGACUCUGGCCAGCAGGGUGAAGAUGAAGAUGAAGAUGCUUUAUGUUCUAAUGGUGAUGCCGGUGAUGUCAGCAUUGGUCGUCACGGAUUAUGCCACUAGGUCUGCAACUAAAAAACCUCUUCCUACAACUACUACUGUCAGGACUACAUCAUGGACGACGACAACAGGACAUUCUGGACUAAAUUUAAUCGGGAAGAUGUUCACUUUGUCUGAGUAUAGAGGAGCAAUAUCUUUCUAUCCCCCCAGUUAUUUUUCUCCUACCAGUCCCCCCUGGUCGUCCACUCCUUUCUGGAGAACUACCCGUCCCUGGAGAACUACCCGUCCCUGGACCACCACCACCCGUCCCUGGACCACCACCACCACCCGUCCCUGGACCACCACCACCCGUUCCUGGACCACCACCACACGUCCCUGGACCACCACCACCCGUCCCUGGACCAACACCACCACCCGUCCCUGGACCACCACCACCCGUCCCUGGACCACCACCACCCGUCCCUGGACCACCACCACCACCUCCCCUACUACAGGUGUCUCCGUGUGUCUGCGAUACCUGACUGAUAGCGACUACAACACAAUCUUCACGCUCAGUCCAUCCAGCGGAAACCGUAUGCAGCUGGUGGCCAAUUCUCCUGGUGGGUAUAGACUGAACUUCGGAUACCAAUCCUACUACUUGGACUUGCAUCCUAACAUAAGGUUCUGGUCAAACAUGGGACUGGACAUCUGGACCAGAAUCUGCCUCACCGUGGACACAGUGAAGAGUGUGGCCCAGAUGUUCAACGGCUCAAGCAUUAGCAUCAGGAAGAUGCUGCCAGUUAAGUAUGUCUGGGUAGGUGAGCCCGUGAUUGAGUUUCCAGGUUUUGAUGGUCAGCUGACAGACGUCCAGGUGUGGAAUUAUCCUCUCCACUACAAAGAAAUCUUCAACUACAUGACUGGCGGUGUCUACGUGCCGUACAGUGGCUCUGUCCUCACCUGGUCAUCCAUCAACUACUCUCCCAAAGGAGACUUUGUAUUGGAGGAUACCUAUGAGUUGCAGAGAAGACAGCCAGUCAUCAGCAGGGGGAGAGAGCAUCUACCAAAAGGAGAGAAGAAGUCCAGGAAGUUUUUCAACGUGGUGGAGAAGGAUGAGAGAAAGACUGAACAGCUUUAAUGAAACACACAGGGGUAUGAAAUGUGUACGAAAAGCUGUAUCCUCUGUUCUUAAUUUCAUAAUAAAACAAAUCACAUUAAUCAAUCAUCAUAAAUGAAAUUCGAACAUUACUGUAUGAUUAAAGUAUGUGAUUAUAUUUACAAGACGACAAACUAGUCUCAGAAACAGAAUUCAUUUUUACUAACAUCAUUGACUUUGUAUUGUAUUUCUUUACUUAAUUUUGUAUGUCAUUAAACAGAUUGCUGACAGAAUAUUGUUAUUGAUUGUACAUUUUAUAUAACAUGCAGCUCGGUGGUCAGAGUCCUGCCUUAAAGGAACUGUUCAACAUUUUGGAAAAUGUGCCGAUACUGUAUUUGGAUCCUUUCUCAGAGUGAGAUGUCAAAUACCGAAUCCCUUAACUGAUUUCAUUUGUUUGGCUCAGUUUAAAGAUACUGUAAGUGUUCACUGACUGUUUUUUGUUCACUACAAGUAGUACUAGUACAAAACUAGCCCAUACAUGUGCCGUUUAUAAGGUUCUUAGGACAGCUUACAGCAAUUUAUGAUAUGAGUCUGUGGAAGCAUGUUGCAUUUAACAGUAAUAAUUAUUAUUUUUCUGAAAGCAGUUAUUGUUAUUUUUUUUUUGAUUUGGUUCACUGUCACCCCUCUCAUAUGUAGCGUCAUUUUAGGCUGCAGAUGGACACAGUUACUUUAUUGAGACCAAAAAAAGAACUAAAAGAGAGUGAAUUGGACAUUCAUCAUGUGACACCAACUUGACUCCAAAUUAAUGAUAAUGUUGCUCCGUAACAGCUGGAUAUUUCAAUGAGCAACUAAGCAAGUUCACCAUUUCAACUUAAAAAGUGAUUAUAUGCCAAUGUUGUGUUCAAAGUGCUCAAUUAAAUCAGUUAUUCCAGA